UCGUCUCCAGCACCCUCUCCUCUCCAGCAGCCUCUCGUCUCCUCGUCUCCGGCAGCCUCUCGUCUCCGGCAGCCUCUUGUCUGAAGAGCAGAAGAAGAAGUAAGGGACAUGGACUCCUGCGCUCUGGAGCUGCUGGCCAUGCUGCUGUUUGUGGUGGCGUGGCUCUGCGUGUUAGCAUCUACCCUCCUGCCGCAGUGGCUAACCAUGUCCACCGCGCUGCUGCCGGUGGAGAGCUACGAGCUGGGCCUGUGGGAGACCUGUGUGGUGCAGGACGUGGGGGGGAUGGAGUGCCGGGCCUACGACAGCCUGUUGGGCCUCUCCAGAGACCUGAAGCUGUCUCGUAUCCUCAUGUGUGCUUCGCUGGCCGUGGGCGUGCUGGGCCUGCUGGUGGCGACGCCCGGACUCCACAUGGUGAACAGCUGCAGGGGGGGCCCCAAGAGGAUUUUGACCAGCAUAGGGGGGGUGCUGGGGGUCGUGUCUGGAGUGCUCUGUCUCGUCCCAGUGUCCUACAUGGCACACUUGGCCGUCAUGCAUUUCUUUGACGAUAAAGUGCCGGAUGUGGUUCCUCGGUGGGAGUUUGGAGACGCUCUAUUCAUCGGCUGGGCGGGGGGGUUCCUGCUGGUGGUGGCCGGGCUGCUGCUGGUCUCAGCCUGCUGGUAUUCACCGGGGGGGGAAACUGAGCCGGCGCUGCAGCGCAGGUACCAGGUGAUGAGCACCGACGUGUCCUUCAAGAAGCGAUCCGAGUACGUUUAGAGGACGACGACUUACCUGCACCAGGACCACCACCUGUACACCUCUAGACCUGUAGACCUGCACUAGGACCACCACCUGUAGACCUCUAGACCUGUAGACCUGCACCGCGACCACCACCUGUACACCUGUAGCCCUAUAGACCUGCACCCGGACCACCACCUGUAAACCUCUAGACCUGUAGACCUGCACCGGGACCACCACCUGUACACCUCUAGACCUGCACCGGGAUCACCACCUGUACACCUCUAGACCUGCACCGGGACUACCACCUGUACACCUCUAGACCUGCACCGGGACCACCACCUGUAGACCUGUAGACCUGUAGACCUGCACCGGGACCACCACCUCUAGACCUGCAGACCUGUAGACCUGCAGACCUGCACCGGGACCACCAUCUCUAGACCUGCAGACCUGUAGACCUGUAGACCUGCACUGGGACCAACAUCUCUAGACCUGCAGACCUGUAGACCUGUAGACCUGCACCGGGACCAACACCUCUAGACCUGCAGACCUGUAGACCUGCAGACCUGCAGACCUGUAAACCCCCACCUCAGUCUGCCUCUGAUAAUGAUGUAAAUAUCUGGUUCCUGUAUAAAGCUGAUUAUCACGGACGACUGAAUGGUGCUAAGACCAGACGUCCAGAGAACUGUUUAUAGGUGACUCAUCUUCACUCCACCUGCUGUGACCAGAACACAAAUCAAUAUUUUUUUAGAGAUGUUUUAUGAAAUCUUUAUAUUCCUUAUUGGCUUAGUGGCUUUAGGAUCUUUCUCUUACAAUAUUAUUUCAGUCUAAGCUUUUCAAAUGCUGUGAUUGAGUUAUUCCUGAACAUAGAUCAGACCUUAUCUUAUCUUAGAGGAGCGGCUCAGAUGAUCCACAUAAAGAGUUAUUCUAAUAUUAAAAUCUAUUGAAGUCUC